ACUCUUUUACUUCCUGUCGCCUGAAAUCGAGGUUGGUUCGUAGGUUAAAGGUUAACAAACGCUCUUCCACACGUGUUAUUGUUUUGUGAAGAUACUUCGUAAUUCUUUUAAACAAAGUGCAUUAUCAUGGGGAAAAAUAAGAAGAACACAACUGACGAGUCAGGAAAGCAAGUGGGAAAGGCCGAAAAACAUUCAAGUGAUAAUAAGCUCAAACGAGAUGGCAAACCUAAGAAAAUCAAACGAGACCACAUCGAGCACAUCCCCUUUAAGCUCCGGGAGAUCAUGAAAAACAAGCAGAUAAUGAAAACGGGGAAAUUGAAGGUGAAAAAGCCCAAAGAGAGUAAACCAGAGGAUCCCAAAAGUGGAGACAUACCUGUCCCACAUUUCAAGAGGGGGAAGUCAGAGAGUGUGAAAGCCUAUAUGCGGCGCAUGGAGACUGAGACCAAACAUGUCCUCUUCCUCACCAAGAACCAAGUCGACAGAAAGCCUGAGCUGGCUGCCAACAAACAAGAGAGGCCCGCAGACGGGGGCAAGUCGGAGAAAAAGAAGGAACAUGAUACGGUCAGAUUACAGAGGCUACAGAACAGAAAGUUGGAUAAACAAGUGGACAGGAUGGAAAAAGAGAUGUUCGUUGAUCAUGUUCCCUUUGGGGAAGUUUCUAUGUGCCCGCCAUCUUUCAGCGCCAAACCCAGGAAAGCUCCUAUCAAACCUGAGAAGGCAGCAAAGCAGCUGCUCCUCAACUCUCUCCUCGGCCACACGGCGGUCACAACGGGCAAGCCCUCCAUGGCCCGAAAGCGAAUCAUGGAGGAGGAGCGGUUGCGAGCAGUGGAGGCCUACCGUCUUCUUAAGAAACAGAGACAGCAGCAGUUUAAGGACAGGGAUGCUAAUCUGGAAAAACUCAGGAACCCGAAGUGAUGUUUCAUGUGAAAGAUUUUAAAAGACCCUGGCUUCAGUCAGCCGUGAAUCUCAGAGACUGAAAAUCAGCAGACCGUAUGUGUUAUGUAACUCUGCAACUGGCAGUGAUGGAGCUCACCACAGUGUAGCUACAGUAACUGUCAGGGGAA